GGAGAAACGGAACCGUCCUCUGCAUGCAGUAAAAUGGCUCAAGCUGCAGAUCUGGAGCAGAUACAGUUCAGCUGUUCCAUCUGCCUGGAUCUACUGAAGGAUCCAGUGACUGUUCCCUGUGGACACAGUUACUGUAUGGACUGUAUUAAGGGCUGCUGGGAUCAGGAGGAUCAAGUUGGUGUCUACAGCUGUCCUCAGUGCAGACAGACCUUCACACCAAGACCUGUUCUCAACAUUAACACCCUGCUGGCUGAAGUGGUGAAGAAAAGUAAGAAGAAAAAACUCAAAGCUGCUCCUCCUGCUCAUGGCUACGCUCAUCCUGGAGAUGUGGAGUGUGAUGUGUGUACUGGGAAGAAGCGCAAAGCUAUCAAGUCCUGUCUGGUGUGUCUGUCUUCUUACUGCGAAUCUGACCUUAAACUUCAUGAUAAGCUCAACCGUGGAAAGAGACACAAACUGACUGAUGCCACAGGACAACUGCAGGACAAGAUCUGUUCCGUCCAUGACAAACUGCUGGAGAUCUACUGCCGCGCUGAUCAGCAGUGUAUCUGUUAUUUGUGUACGAUGGACGAACACAGAAGACACGAUACAGUGUCAAUCACCACAGGGAGAACUGAAAAGCAAGAAGAACUGGGAAUGACAAAAAUGAGAUUCCAGAAGAGGAUCCAGCAGAGAGAGGAGGAGGUGCAGGAGCUGAGACAGGCUGUGGACUCUCUCACACGCUCUGCACAGGCAGCGCUGGAGGACACCGAGAGCAUCUUCGGCGAGAUGAUCCGCUCCAUCGAGAGAAGACGCUCGGAGGUGAGAGACCUGAUCAGAGCUCAGGAGGAGACUGCACUGAGUCAGGCUGAAGGUCUUCUGGAGCAACUGGAGCAGGAGAUUGCUGAGAUAAAGAGGAGAGAUGCUGAGUUGGAGAAACUUGCGCAUGUAGAGGAUCACAUCCAUUUCCUACAGAGUUUUGAGUCUCUUUGUGCCCCUGUUGGAUCCAAAAGUUUACCCAGCAUCACCAUCAACCCACGCUGUUCUUUUGAAAAUGCAAGAAGAGCUGUCUCAGAGCUCAAAGAACAACUGGAUGAAAUCUGCAACAAUGAACUGGCUAAAAUAUCUACAGGAGUGAGGGAUCUCAGUAUUAUAUUGCCCCUGGAACCAAAGACCAGAGAGGACUUCUUAAAGUAUGCCUGGAAGGUCACACUGGAUCCAAACACUGUGAACCAGGAUCUCAACAUAUCUGAUGAUGACCGAAGAGUCUCAGCAGGAUCAAGAAGGUCAUUCUGUGAUCAUCCAGACAGGUUUGACUUCUGGAGACAAGUUCUGUGCAGAGAGGGUUUGUCUGGGUGCUGUUACUGGGAGGUGCAGUUGGAUGGGAAUUCUGGGAUUCACGUAGCAGUAUCAUAUAAAGGAAUCAGCAGGAAAGGGAACGGAAAUAACAGCUCCUUUGGACAAAACAUCAAGUCCUGGAGUUUGUUGUGCUCUCCCUCUGGUUACACUUUUUACCACAUAAAUAAGGAGACUCCGGUGUCUGGUCCCAGUUCCUCCACAAUAGGAGUUUACCUGGAUCACAAGGCAGGAACUCUGUCCUUCUAUAGUGUCUCUAGGGACACAAUGACCCUCCUCCACAGAGUCCAGACCACCUUCACUGAACCCAUCUAUCCUGGGUUUUCACUGCAUUCUAGAACAACAGGCUGCUUUGUGUCAUAUCCCACAGUUCAUCUCAUCAACAUGGAAUCACAGUCAAACAGAGAGGAACAACAGAAAGAUGUAUAUGGAAAAAUGUAAAUGCAAUUAUUUUUUUAAAAAAUUGAUUAAACACCUCUUAAAAAAAUAUACUGAAAUUCACAUUUAAGAAGAAUAGUUCAUUUCAAAACAGUAUGAAAACAUUUCUUAAUAAAAUCUGAAAUGAGAAAAAGUCCUGCAAAACCGUACAUCAAUCCCUGAUUAAAUGGAUUUUAUACAGAUUACUGAGAACAUGUCAAGAACGUGUACAACUUGGUCUUUGGUCAGUAAGAGUACCACAUCCAUGCUAAAAUGCCUCCUACCACAUAAACUGAAUGAGCCACACAGAUGGGCUGAGGCUUCUGGGAAGAGACACCAUCUCAGCUUGAGCUUAUCUAAAACACGGCAUUGUAAUCUCCUGCAUUCUGUGUUCACCAUUGUUUGCACUGUUUGAAAAGUGGCUGAAGUACCGGGUCCCUACUUAACAUGUGCCACUACUGAUUUAUUUUUAUGGAAGCGUUUAGCUUCGUAGAGGUAGAGUACUUGCUGUAAUGCCAUGGUAACAGGGGACUCAUUUAAACACAUAUUUCCAUAACGUCAUGAAAGUAAAAGAAAGCAUCACCUAUCUUUCCACAUAUGUGCUUUCUUGUGUUUUGAAAACUAGAAGGUAUGUUAAAAACAAGAAUAAGUGAAAAGCGAAGCUGCUGUAAAAAUUAGGGUGAAUUCCCCUCCACGCCACUUGGGUUUUUAUGACUUGUUCCUUACAUUAUUGUUGCACAAAGUGCCUUGUCUUCAUUCAUUUGUACUAUGUGGACCACUUCUUUACUGCUUUCCUUUCAGUUAUCUGCAUGUCCAGUAGUGGCAUUAUCAUAACCUGUCACAUGUUGCCAAGACUCUUUCAGCACUAUUUCCAUUAAGCGUGAAAUCUGCCAGGAAUCUUAAAUCUGCUUGCAGAAUGUCCAUAACACACAGCGUUGACAAUAUCUGACUACAUUGAUAAGAGUCUAAUGAAAUCUAAUAAUAGGGACAACUGCUUUCAUAAGAUGAAAAUUGUUCACAAUACUG